ACCGGAAUACAGGAUGCGCACAAUAAGGACAUUAAUGACACAAUAACAGUCUCUAUGCGACUUUGUGAACAUAGAAAAAAAAACAUGACCUCUAUAAAAGGAGUUCCAUGCUUUCUGUUUCUGAUGCUCGGAAUUAUAUAUAAUGUGCACGCCAGUACAAGGAGUUGCGCCAUUCCAAGCGGGGCCCAGUACAGAAGAAAUUUUUAUCGUCCUCAAUAUGGCUCGAACAUAAGCAGAUAUCCUGCAGGCAGACGAAUAAAUCAUGGUACGAAAAUAAGGGUCAUCUGUAAGAAGGGCGUAUACCACGAUAUAGCUUUAAGCAAAUGUCAUGACGGUAGAUGGGUCCCGGAUCUGCCACAUUGUAAUGUAGAACAAAACUGCAUAAUACCGCGAUCGGGACGGUUUAGACGCACCUUAUACCGUCCGAAAUCUGGUCCGAGCACCAGUAAUUACCCCGCUGGGUCUGUGAUCAACCAUGGCAGUACUAUUAUGGCUAUUUGUAAGAAGGAUAUAUACGGAGAUCUGGUAACGGCUUGGACUUCAAGUGAAUGUAACAGAGGAAAAUGGAUACCCAGAUUGCCAAGCUGUAAAGGUAAACAGUAAAAUGUAUAUAAUUCG